AACAAGGCACCACCGAGACAUCCCAGUUCGUAGAUCGCAGUGACCACACCCUGCAUGGUCGAGUUAUCUUUCGUUGCAUGGAAAACGUCGUUGAAGGGCUUUGCGUCGAUGAUACUACUCAUGACACCCUCUAAUCGAAACCGUUAGCGAGAUACGUUACGGCAGGAUAUUCUGGAAGACAUACGAUCGUAGCCGAAAAGCAAGAAACCCAUCGUGGCAAUGGUUGUUACGGACAUCAUCAGCUUUUGACCGCUGAGGCCGGCAAACGUUGGAGCAGAAGACAUGGCUGCGAUGAAGAAACCCUAAUCGGGUCGAUAAGAUAUGCGUACGUUGUCAAUCGUCUACCUCUCCGCAGUGCAACCCGUAGCUCAGCAAAUGCCGGUGACGCUCAAGCGUUUUGAGACAAUAGACCGAGACCAAAGGACGUUUCAAAAUGAGGAUGGAGCUUUCCUUUAUAGCUGCAGGCGCUUUGCCCCAGGGGGAAGGGAAAAACGUUACAUGCGAAGGACCACCCACCCAGAAGCAGGUGUUACGAGACAUGACCAAUGUAGUCUUCAUCAAGUAAGCACAUGGGGAAGUGUGAAAAGUUUUCUAUGGAAGCUCCCCCACUGAAACACCAACAGGUGAACCCUAGCUUGGCUCGGCAACAAGGGAAAAUGGGACAGCACCGAGCGCUAGGCGCGAAUAGGAUUACACCUACUUAUGAAAUCUUUUGGGCUGAGACAUUGAAGACGGGGAGAUCCGCUGGUCUCAUUGCGAGUUACGGUCCUUAGCUCUGGGGCCUAGAUCUAGGCAGAUAAACGUCGAGAUACUAGUCUCCAGAAUUUUUCGAAGACCCCCAUGACACAGGAAAACGAGCCAAAUGCCACUGAUGUCAUGCUGCUCUUGUGUUUGAAAUUGUUCAAAGUCCAGAAAAAGAUAUGAAAAGGACAAGAAGAAAAAACCCCCAAUCUCAUUGCUAUCUGUCAGGCUAGUAUUCCGAAAGUCACUGCGACAUGACGAUUUGGGGGCUUCGGAGUGUUCUUGCGAGUAUUUCUUGGCAGUCCCUCUCAUAGGGAGACGGACGGGCAUUUUUUCUUCCAUCUCCAAAGAGCGGAGAGGGUCUGGGGAACUUGGGGUAUGUUGUCCCUUGAUCGAGCUAUCACUGUCCAGGGUUAAAACGCCAUCAUCACUCCCCACCCGAUACUCUCCGAGAAGAGGCGAAUCAAUCUCGAGCCGGUUAUCAAAG